CUGGAGGGAAGUGAAAAUGAAAUCGACUUUUCUGAGAACUGAUGAAAGCAGCGGAGCCUGCCAAUGAACGGCUGCGGCAAACUUCCGCACCCCUUUCUCUCCUUCCAGCCCCCACCUCCCCUUCUCUCGCUCUCUGCACAAACAGGCCUGGAAGAGGAGCAGGAGGAGGAGGAAGGGAGGGGGGGAUUUCCAAGACUCAGCUCCUCGCGGCUUCCUCCCCUUGUUUUGCUUUCGAUCUGGGCUGAUCUCCGCCAAAAGCAGAGGAGGAGGGAAUAACUUUUAGUUUUGCUCCCGCGAUUUAUGCAGCCGCCUGUUUUCCUUUCCAUUUUGCGUCUCUUGGCAACCGCGAUAACCUUGAAGGGAACUGCCAUAAAUAACGCGAAACAAACUUAUUGAGGCUGGGAAGGGAUCGGCUGGAAGGACGCGUUUCUCUCGCUGGUUGUGGGGCUCUGAAACAGGCGGUUUGCUUAGGGGGUUGCCGGAUGGCGAGAAAUAGCAGCGGCAGAAACAAAGGCGAGGAGCGAUUGCGACGGGGCGGAAGGGAGAAAAUAAUCUGGAUUUAGGAGCACAGAAUUUGAACCGAGCCCAGGAGCACCUUGCUUGGGGGACGCGGAGGAAGCAACUUUUAUUUUCACUCCCGCGGAGGUUGACGAGAGAAGCUAAUGGAGCUGCUGAGCUGGUGGACACUUGUUGUUUUCGAUCCCGGGAUACGUUGGCCAUGCGGAUAUUGUUUCUGGCAGCUGACCAGCCUCUUCGCGGGCGUGGAAGCUAGAGCAUAACUGAGGAUAUCGCCUACCUUUUAACAUCAUAUCUGCCUAGAACAGAUCAGCUAACCUUUAUUCCAUGCUCCAACUUUGAUCUGCUCACCGCUGAACCUAAGCAGAUCCUGGCUAGUUGGGGUGACUGCACUGCAGGAUUGUGGAUUAGCGCUGGUGGAAAAGAUUGCAUACAUGCAAAGCUCUGAAAUUCUUGAGAGAUGCUUCUUUCUCCAUCUCUCCCUUCUAGCCUUAAAUGGCCUGUGAGACGUAUCACGUAGAUAGGACAAAAGCAGGAGACAGACAGGUAACAAUGCCAGUGGAAAGAAUGCGAAUGCGGCCGUGGCUGGAGGAACAAAUAAAUUCAAACAAAAUACCGGGUUUGAAAUGGCUAAACGAGGAAAAAAUGAUUUUUCAGAUUCCCUGGAUGCACGCAGCACGCCAUGGGUGGGAUGUUGAAAAAGAUGCUCCUUUAUUUAGGAACUGGGCUAUUCACACAGGGAAGUUCCAGCCAGGAGUUGAUAAACCAGACCCAAAGACAUGGAAGGCAAACUUUCGAUGUGCUAUGAACUCCUUACCUGAUAUUGAAGAAGUCAAGGACAAAAGCAUAAAGAAAGGAAAUAAUGCCUUCCGAGUAUACCGGAUGCUGCCGUUAUCUGAGAGGCCUUCAAAGAAAGGAAAGAAACCCAAGGAAGACAAAAUGAAACAAAUUAAGCAAGAACCAGAGGAAUUGUCGUAUGAACUGAGUAAUGGAACAUGCCAGGGGUUUUCUGAUUACUGCUUAUCUCCAGCAAUAAAAGCUGAAGUCGACAGCACAAUAAACAUUGUAGUUGUAGGAGAUGCGCAUUUUGAGUGUGGUUCUGAGGAUCAUAUGAUAGUUCCCAAUCCACCUGAUGUUUGCCAAGUAGUGGAAGUGACAACAGAAUGUGAUGACCAACCCAGCAGUGUGAGUCAGUUGUAUCCACUACAGAUCUCCCCAGUCUCCUCCUAUGCAGAAAGUGAGACAACAGACAGCAUACCGAGUGACGAAGAAAGUGCACAGGGUCAUCUUCACUGGCAAAAGGAAAACGUUGGCGGCAAACAAUACUACAGCAACUUGGGGACCAGGAACUCCCCUUACCCGCUUCCUGGGAUGGCUACUUUUGUGACUUCCAACAAGCCUGACCUCCAGGUCACCAUUAAGGAAGAAGCCUGUCCCUUGCCUUACAACAGCUCGUGGCCUUUCCCCGAGCUCCCUCUGCAACAAAUCGUGUGCUCGGCUUCCACCAGCUACAGUAACAGGCCACCGGAUCACGAGAACCGGGCCAGCGUCAUCAAGAAAACGUCAGACAUUACUCAGUCAAGAGUCAAGAGCAGCUAAGCCACAUAAACUGGCACGUUCUUGGCGGAUUCUCUGUUGUGGCUUUGAGGAGCACAUCUAAUGUACAUUCAGCAAACCGAAGAGAGAAGAGCCUUGACAGUGCGGAACGCAACCGUGUCCAGCUCCAGCACUGGAGCAUUUUAAACUCAGGACUCCAACCAACAGAAUGUAGAUGUGAAGCUGGACAGAGGUCCAAGGUUACAGCCCAGGGGCAGGAAAACCACCCUGGUAGAUGCCAAGGCUGAAACAAGAGGACCAAGAGCCCCUCCCCAAAUGAAGUUCCUCCAUUUCAGGCCACAAUGGAACUGAAAACCUCGGAAUGGAAAGAAAAAUGUGAACUUGCUUGAUUUUUGUUUUUUUCCAGAAUCAGUUGUGAAUAUGUACAUAAUGCAGUGCUGUACUAGCAAUACUGCAGACUGCUUUCGCACCUUAUUGAAAAAAAGAAAAAGCACUUGCAAAAAAGGCCUUUCAUUAUCUUGCUCUUAUUAAUGGCACACUUAAAGCCCCUUCUUCCCCACCCUCAACUUCGCUCUUUCCCAGGGCUCUUCUGGCUAAUGUCGCCUUGGGAGUAUGGAAAAAGAAUCAAAUAGGAAAGUAAAACCUCCUCCUGUACAUUUUGCAGGUUGUUUUUAAGAGUGCUUACCUUAUACUUGUCUAAUCUGCUAUGCUUGAAAGCUGUGUGGUACAAUAGAAGAAAAUCUAUUACAGAUAUAUUAUGCAAAUUCCCAGGUUUUAAAGAGAGAGAAAUACUCUAAUUCUAACCAGAGUAAGCUUUUUUAUUUUUUUAUACAGUGGGAUAUUUUAUUCAAAGUAAAAUUCUAAAGUGAAUAUUAAUUGUUUUACUUUUUUUAUCUUUUCUACAGCAAAUUUAUAAUUUUACAAUUCAGUGACUUGGUUGGUCAGCAACCAUUGCAUCUUUGUGGCACAUUUUCUUUUUUUCUUUUUAUUUCUUUUUUCUUUUCUUUUUUACAAUUUGUAAAGGUGAAAUAGCUUUUAAUGAAUUUUAUGUAGCAAUCAAACUAUCCUGUGGAUUGAUAAUAAAUAUUAUAUAUAAAUAAGUUUUUAAAUAAACACGUUUUCUUUGGUGUA